AUGCAGGUUGCAGCGGCGCGCGUUCCACGUGGGAAGUCCGUCGAGCGGAAGUGGAAGGAGUACGACGACGACGACCACCACCACCAGCCCGUUGGAAGCCUGUCAUUUCUCUCCACCUCCACCCCCAGCCCCCAGUGGCCCAGGUCCUGGUUCUUGCCCUUGCGCCUUGCCCUGCCCCUGCUCCCCACCGGGAUACGAGAACUUCUUCUGUCCCGUCUCCUGCUCUGCCACUCCUUGCUUCCACCCCUCCGGAAGACAGAGAAAGGGAGGAAAAAGAAGGGGAAGAAGAAGUGUGGGUCUGGAGGUCCCUUGGAACUUCCUCCUGGCAGUGGCGACUAUGCAGCGUCCGCUUCGGAUCCAGACUCAACCGCUUCCAUGGAGACAUAUCCGGAGGGAGGAGACGGGAACCCUCCACCGUCCCGCCCCACUGCAACAGCUUUUCGCUCCCUUUCUUUGUCCCAGGGUGAAGAUGGCGCAGGAGGGGAGGGGAGGAUGAUGAACCGGAUGAAGAAGAGUCUGAGGGAGGACCUAAAGAGAUUCUCCCAGAGGAUCCGAGGUGGUCAGAGGUCAUCAGAUCGGGCAGCCUCUGGCAUCAUGUCACAGGGCCAGAAGACAGAACCUUCGAUGUCCAGCCUCUUGGUGUUUCAAGGCCAGGAUCGACGAUCCCAGUCUUCCGUCGACAGUGCCCCCUCUGGAUCUGGAUCCAGCACACAGCCAUUGGUUCAGCCAGGGAGUAACCGAAGCUCCUUCUCCAUGACGACAGGUGAAGAAUCAGGGAUGGGGGCAGGUAUAGGAACAGAAACUCAAGUUCCAGCAAUUCAGCCUGUGCAUGCUAUUGGGAGAGCACGUGCCCUGGUCAAUUGUACCCCCAAUCCCUAUGAUAGGGAUGCACUCCGCUUCAAGAAAGGGGACAUCAUUGAGAUUCUGAGCAAGAGCAGUUCAGGACUGUGGACGGGUCGAAUUGGGGACAGUGUGGGGACAGUGAAGUUCAUCUCAGUUGAGAUGAUUCCAGAGGAUCUGGAUGAGGGUGGAGGUGAGGAUGGGCGAGAUAGGAGACGACGCACAAGUAGAGCUCGCACUCGAAGUUCUGUUGCCAGCAGCCACUCCUCCCUUGAAUCUCGACCAGGGGAUGUGGAGGAGCUCCUCAAGGCUAUUCAUCUUGAGGGAAGCUUAGCUGGGGAUGUGAAGUUCAGUCAUCAUUCCCUGCUGAACUUCUUGCUUGAGUCAGAAGGAGCAUUGUCAAGUGGGGAAGAAUCCUCAACUUCCGUAGCCCGUGGGUCCCUCCUAUACCAGACAGAUGACUGUAAAAGCAGCCAGCUUCAACUGUUAAAGGAUGAAGGGACUGCAACUGGAACGGGAGUGAGCGUGCGACCCAAGACACAUUCAUCAUCGUCGUCUUCUAUGGGCUCUCGGCGUAGUGACUCCCUCCUUCUUAGCCAGGGUGAUCCAGUGUCAGAGCACAAAGCAGGACCUGAACGCAAGUCUAAUGAUUCAGGUUAUGGGGGUUCUGUGCUACUCCUUGGUUCUAACAACAACAUCCCAUUGAGGACUCAGAAGGAUGGGAAGCAGCGGGAUGUUAAGUCCAGUCCCCCUGCAGAACAGAGGCAAAAUCCUUCAUUGAAGUAGAGGACCUGACAUUGUCGAUUGCACAAGAAGUAGUGCAUUGUGAUGGUGACAUUCCAAUGAGCAUGUCCAAUGAGAUUUCCAUCUCAAUCUUCUAUGUUUUGUCCCUACCUGUUGACUUGCUCAUAUGCC